ACUAAAAAUUGUUAAGAAAAGCACAGAGAAAAAAAAACAAAAAACAAAAAACGUAAAACGAAAAUUACCAAAUUCAGCGCCAAACGCUGGUCUUAACUGACUUCACGGUCCGCAUAUAAAUACAUAUAUGUGUGUACAGCAAUGUCUCAGUGUUAGCUGUGCAAGUGUAAAACAGUUAUUUACCAAUACUAUUUUUUGUAACAUAUUUUUAAAACAACAAACACAACAAAUUUAGAGUGUCUUGCCCAUUGCGACAAAUCUUUCUGUGCUUCAGGCAGCUCGCAUUUGAUUUUGAUUAUUUUUGUUUUCGUCAAUUAAAUUUUCGAACUGCGUUAAUAUAUACAAAAUAUAUACACAUUGAGUGAGAAUUAUUGAAAAAUAAAUAAAAUGGGUUUAUCGCGUGGAUUUGUGGUGCCAUUAUGGUGGUAUUUAGCGUGCGUUUGCUUCAUCAUUCAAACAGCCACCAUCGCUCAAGCGCAAUCACAGCAAAAACGUUCAUCGCGCAUCACCAGCUCGCGCAGCUUCGGCACCAAUGUCAAAGCGUCCGCCUCGAAUGGUAUUAAUUUCGAUUGCCCCGAAGAGUUCGGCUACUACCCGCAUCCAACCGAUUGCACACAAUACUAUGUGUGUGUGUUCGGUGGAGCACUACUCGAGAGCUGCACCGGCGGCUUGAUGUAUUCGCACGAGUUGCAGACAUGUGAUUGGCCACGUAAUGUGGGUUGUGAAGUUGUUGAUAGUGGUGCAACGUCCUUAACUAACAACGGUGGCGCACGUUCAGCAAAACAGCAACAGCAACAACAGUCGAUAAACAGUCAACAUGUGCCAAGUCGCAUACGUUUCGGAUCGGCCUUCAGCAGUCCGGCGGCGACUACACAGCCACCCAAAGCACCGACUGUGCCACCACAAUAUCAUCGCCAGCCACCGCAGGUCAUACAGGCGCAGGUGCAGUCAUUGCCACAGCAUGCGGGCACGGUAAUCGGUACACGAGGAAAUCACGCACCAAAGCCAUUUGAUACGCAAGAGGAUAUUGCGAAGCUUUACGCCGACGCUCACGAAACGCUGCCGCCAGUGGAAGAGGAGGAGAGCGAUCGUCAGCAGCGCGUCUACCGUGGCCAACCGAGCACAGUGAGUCAAGUGCAGCGCGAUCGUGACGGCAUCAUACAUCAGGCGAGCAUCAAUGCUAUACCGAAUCACGGCAAGAUCGGCUCGUACACUUUCGGCUCUCAAUUUAGUACUAAAAACAUUGACCUCAACUUAAUUCACAAUGAACUCGACAUUGAAACCCUAAUGGAAGCAAAUGACUUGGCUGACGUGGACUUAGAAGAAUACUCAGAAGAAAAGCCGCAUAAGCGCGUCAAGAGGGAGCUAAGUUUUGAAAACAAAGACGAUUCGAAAAUUAUAUUCAAUACCGGUGAAAUUUUAAAGACUGAGGAGCAAACAAAGACAUUACGCGAACCUCGUGAGCUGGUAUAUAAUACCGGUGAGAUUUUAAAGACUGAAGCAGACCAAAGGACGUUAGAGAAACCAAAAAUCGUUGGAUACCUAAAUUCGGAUGAAACACUACGGCGAGAUAAUGUAGGAGGGGAUUAUGAUCAGUUACAAAUCGGAAACAGACCAGAAGCAAACAUGCAGUCCGAAAGCCCCACUCAAAAGGCGGUGCCGGCAGACCUGGAAACAGACGAAAAUAUGCACGACUCUGUUAUGGAAAUUGUAGAAAAAAUAUUAGAAGAGUUGAGAGGCAGUGCAGGGCGAACACAAGUGGAUAGUGCUUCCUCCGUGACCACAACAAGUAGUAAGCGCAUGGACGCUCCGAACUCCGAGAGUGAAGCCAUUUCUUCUGGCACAAUACCGGCCACUGCUGCUGACCCCAUUAUGGAGACACUAAAUAGCAUUGUUUCACUACUCGAUAUGGAUUACGAGACCAACAGCAAUGAUACCACCGCCGCCGAGGCGCGUCUGCGUGGCACACGCCAGUUGCGUCAGUUCUUCAAUGGGCGUGCGCGUUUUCAAAUACAAAAUGUGCCCGGCACGCAUUAUCGCUCCAUCGACACGGCUCCAUAUCAACAACAAAACGGCUUUAAUUUUGGUUCUUAUAAUCCAUACCUCUCACCACCAACCACUUCAGCAAACUACAAUCAACUAAGUCCGGGCUAUCAAGUGUAUCCGCAGCAACUGCAGCGCCCACAAAGUUUUGGUGGACAGAAACAAAAAAUUAGCUACACAGCUGCCUUGAAUCCACCACCGCCGCCACCGCCACUACGCAUCGAAGACGAUUUUCGUCCAAUGGCCGCCAAUUAUUAUCGCACGACGACUACACUCCGUCCGUCGACCACCUCGGCGCGGCGUCCCAAUCUCUUCAACAAUCCCGAAUUAAUACCUUACAUAUUGCAGUCACUGCGGGAGUAUCAAGAGCAACGCAAAAAGAUGCAGCAGGAGAAUUUCCAAUACUACCAUUUGGAUAAUCAGCAGGAUUCGGAGACGGAUGCGAUUCGUGCGGGUCCGCAGGGCAGCACUGUAUCACAAACGCCAUAUUUUCAGUCAACCAAGACACCUACUAAAGUCACACCCAACUCCCACUAUGCUCAAUUCAGCACCGUUGGUGGCUUCUACAACAACAAACAUACCAGCCCACAGCAACAAGAAGACGAAGAGGAUGUUAGUGAUUUCAAGUCUACAGUGAAAUAUCCCUCCAAACUUGUCUCGCAAUACAGCAUAAUCGACAACUACAUACCCACCACGACAGAAAGCAACUACUUCAACUACAAUGUAGUGGGUAAUCAGAAGAUGAAGGCCUUCUUCAGUACAAUAAAGCCGCCAGCUUAUGAAAAUCCCUUCCUUGCCAGUGCGGUGCCUCGUUAUACGACGUCCGCGCCGCCUACUUCGAAUAUCGACAUCGUUUCUGCGCCCAAUUUGACACCGCUUCAUGAGACAACAACGACAAAGAUACCAAAAUACAAUAACUUUCUGAAAUAUUCCGAAAGUCUCGCUUUCUCAAAUAAGUCCGAACCACUGCCGGAGUCCUAUCAGGUUUUCAGUAAAGUUCGCACUUCCACUAUCGCUCCAAAGUUAAAAAUCACUCGCCCCACCUCAUCUGUUGGCAUAACAAACACUCAACAAUACACGCGUAAGCCAGCUUUGACGCUGCAAUUCAACGUACCCGAGUUUGUGGCCAGCCUACAGUCUUCAGACUUGGCCAAUAUGAACCCACAAGUAGUGAAUAUGAUCAAAUAUUUCAAACAAAUAAAUACACCGCAGUCAACACGCAAACCCAUUGCGUCUAAUCCUACCACUAGUCAAGUGAAAAAGCCAGCUGAUCUAUUUGAGGAACAAAUCGAAUCGACAACACAGCGGAUUCGUCAGAGGCCGACAGUAUCGCCCACGAAACGUCCGCCAAAAGGGUAUGAGGAUUUCUUGAAGAGUAUACCAAACCAGGCGCACAAAUUCAAUUUGCAUAGCACACAGCAAGGUAAGCCCUUCUCAACCACGAGCAGCACUUCCAUGCCCGACUACUACGAUGAAUAUGAGGAAGAGGGGGAGGAACUCGGCACCGAUACAGAUGACGACAUAAUGCCACCAUCACAAAUGCCACCGUAUAUGCCCAUGUCUGAGACCAUGGCACCGUCACGACCGCAACUAAUGCCGCCCGCCGCGCCCACCACCGCCAAUCCACAUCACGUGAAGUCCAACUUCCAGACGGGAUACAUUGACGCGACAACCACACGUGGUCCGUUUGGCGGCUCGCAAUUCCAGCAAUUUUAUCAGACAACAACCACAACUAAUCAAGGUAGCAAACAACACAAUCAGAUACCAUCGUUUAUCAACUUUCCGAGCGAUAUCUUUCAAGAGUUUAAGCAACGAUUGCCACCGAAACCGCAACUGGGCUCGACGGUACCGACUUUGACACAUAACAACAACAAUAUACAUUGGACGACUGCUAAGACGAGUACGACAACGACGCCACGUACAAUACCAACAACAACAACGCCGAGUACAAGCACAACCACUCAAACUACAACUACAACGAGAACAACAACAACGCAACGCAUGCGUUAUACUGUGCGUCCGAAACCGCAUCCACAUCAGCAACGGGGUCAAAGCAAAUGGCAUGCCAACAAGGGUGAAAACAACCCGAACAAGGAGCCGAACACCGUCAACAACAACAACCCCGUCAAAAGCAACAAAACCGACUUUAGUUUUCGUAAACGCCCCGCUGCCACACCGGCCUCCUCGGCGUUAGGUUCGUUGCAAUUGAACGUGAACAUGCACUUGGAGGACAUGCCGGACAGUGGACAAAGACCCGAAUCAUCAUCAUCGCCAUCAUCACCACAAUCCCAACCGCCGGCCAGUCAUUACAAUGUACAGCAACAACGCCCGCCGACAGCGGUGAUUGUGGAGGCGAUACCAUCCAUACAAAACCCGAAUCAGAAUCGCAAUUAUUAUAACACAUCGUCAUUAUUAAAUCAUGCGGGUUAUGAGUCACAAGCUGAACAGCAACAGCAAUAUCAGCAACAAGUACAGCAACAGCAAUCGCAACAGCAACAACAACAGCAACCGCAAGCUGCACAACAAAGCAAUCAGGAGCAAAGCUCCUAUGAACAAUAUUACUCAGUUUAUGAUGAUGAUCUUGAUUUGUAUAGGGAUAUAGAGUAUCAGCAGCAGCAGCAGCAGCAGCAACAGCAACAGCAACAGCAACAACAGGAGCAAUAUCAGCCACAACAGCCUGUGCGGCAACAACAACAACAGCAACAGCAACCGGUCCAACAGUCGACUUAUCGUCCUUUAGAAAUUCUGACCACACCAGCACCGCGAGAGACUUAUAAGCCCCAGGAGAAGCCAACAUAUAACAAUCAGCAAUCGUUGAUCUACAAUACGGACUAUGAUGAGGAUCUCAUUGCACAGAUCGAACAGGAUAAUGUGUACGAUCAGCCGACUCGUCCACCAACGCGUGAACGCAACAACAUUGAAACACUGCCAACACCCACAUCAACGCCACGUCCACACCGCCAGCCGGUUAGUGAUGUGCGUAGCGUAUUUAAUGUUGCACCUGCGCCGGUGGAUGAUGCGCCCAUUUACGAAUCAGCAUACGAUACGAAUAGUGCCGAGCUAUACGACGAUGUGCCUUCGUAUGAGGUAAUUACCGCUCGUGGUGUAUACGAGCAGCCACAACGUUUCACCACCUACGCACCGAAAUCGCUGCCCGCACAGCAGGCUGAUGAGUAUAAUGUCUAUGAUACGACGAAUUACGAGCAAGAAAUUCAGAAAGUGCUCAAUCCGACGACAACCAACUUUGUUGAGCCACCAACAAGUAGAGUUGUUGCGGAGUCAACACGCGGUGGCAACAAUAAUUAUAAUCCAACAACGGUGGCGCAGCGUCGUCCGACGAGCGCAACAACAGUAACAGCAACAACGCAUGCGCCUAGAACAACGCCACGUACAACGUCGACAACGAUGACGACUACGACGACGACGACAACCAGGGGCACAACUCAACUUUUGCGUACUACGCAGCCGGCAACAACAACAAAAUCGUUAAGAUCUAAAACGCAUGCAAACAAAUACCAAAAGAACCAACGCCCACAAUUACAUCCUUCUCCCCAACAACCAAUCGCCAGCAACAUACAAUCCACUUCCUCUCUUCCUACCCUAGUACAUAGAAAAACAACAACAACACUUCUACCAGCUCCACCAGUUCCCUCAUCAACAACAAACACACCCCAAACCCAACAAUUUCCCAGCUCACGGUAUCUCGAAUCUGGAGAAACAUUUGUAACGGUUGUCGCCAAACCCCAUAGCUAUGCUAAGACCUAUACAAGCCUUACACAACAAAACCAGUACCGAAACCCUUCCAAAGCUGUGAUACCACCACUAUCCCACUCAUCCUUGUACAGAUUUCGUACUGGCGACGACAUUGAAACGAUAUCGGACGGAAGCCAGAAUAUAAAAGUACAGACUUCUCAACCUUUUAGAAGCGCUGGACGCCCAUUUGAGUCGAGCACGGCUACAAGCUUAGCGACGAGUGUUAGGUCGAAGUUCUUAGCUGCCAUUGAUAAUGUGGAAGAUUAUACAGAGGGCUCACGUGUGAACUCGUUACGAACGAUCAGCGAAAACCCCAUUUCAGGAGGUAAAUACACAGUGAAUGAAAAUUUUUUCAAUAGUAAUAAACAAACAGUCGAGUAUAAAAGUGGUAAAAUAUCGAGUGAUGGUCCGAGACCGCAACGUUUUGAAUCAGAAACGCCAAAAAGUCGUUUGCAAAGCUAUAUUGUUUCGGAUAUGGCACCACAGAGUUUUAAGCCUGUGCCGACAACCAACAUUGCAUCCCCACCUGCCGUGGAGCCUGAACCCGAAACCAUAUUAGAGCUGAUAAGUGACGAGAGUUCAGCUUCGAGCACCACGCACCGUUAUCCUACAAAUAUCGUUUACGAACCGAAACCUUUCAAGUAUAAUCUUCAGACAGGCUCCAAUGGUUUUAGUUUGCGCGCAGAGCACUCGGAGGAGACUGAUAAACCCAUUUAUGAGCGUAAACCGAACGUCCCAGUGCAAACUUUGUCAACCACAAGUCACACUAUUGUAGUACCCUCCACCAGUACCACCACCAUGAAUACACCAGUACAGAAAUCACCGUAUUUCGAAGCUUCCUAUGAAGAUGACAUUGUACCAACCACAUAUGCGCCACCUUCACGUUCCCUUUGGCGUUUAGGCCGUGUUAGCGCAAAACCCUUACAACAAAUUGUCCUGACAACCGAUUCUGAGGACGAUCAUGUAUCCAGUUCGGGCAGCGAGCAAAGUGUGGUGACUGCUUUGAAGGAAACAAGCACAGCGCGACCAAUAACAAGCAGCUCCACAACAACGACGACCACAACUCCACGCACAACGACUACAAUCCCACGCAGCACGACCACUACUCCACGCACCACGACUACAACCCCACGCAGCACGACCACUACUCCACGCACAACGACUACAACCCCACGCAGCACGACCACUACUCCACGCACCACGACCACUACUCCACGCACCACGACCACAACUCCACGCACAACGGCUACGACCACAACAACCACGACUACAACUACAACUACGACCACGACACCAACGCCGUUAAGCACCUUAGUAGUAUCCACCACCGAACGCUCUGCGCAAAGUUACACACCUCGCACGCUCAACUUUAAAGAUAACCUGAUCAGAACCACUGGUAUGCCCGCGCAACGUUUCGUUUCACCCUACAAAAGUCUGGAGACUAUACUGCAAGAAAAGGAAGAUCGCUACACGGGUUUUAAUACGCUUCGUAGCACGGUGAAGCCACGUUACACAAAUCCCACGACGUCUACGACACCUACACAAUCCACAAGCGUCAAACCUGUACGCAGCUAUUUCCUCAUCACCACCCCACAGCGUAAUCUUAGUGAUGCCAUUUUUGCGACAGCCUCGUCAGGUACACGAAACUUCAGUGUAAGCGACACCAUACUGAACUCAUUCUCAAAUACACCCCAAAUCGUGCCAAAAGCGUUGAAAACAACAACAACAACGACGACAACUACCACCGAAGCGCCAACCACAGAGGCUACAACCGAGAGUACAACACCGACCACUACGUCCACAGUAAUUGUGACAGCACCCAUACGAGUGUCGCAGGUAGCUACGGGUAAAAAUGUUCCAAGAGCGGAAACAGUAGGCGACUUCGGCACCAUUAGCUCGGAGACGCCGCGUCCACGGGGACGCUCUCGCUACUCUGCGGCAACUUUGAACGCAGCCGAUGAGCCAACCACCUAUGCGCCAAGAGUACGUUACUCAGGUGGUGGCUCCAAUGGACAAAUAUCUUUCACGUCUGCGCCUGACGAUUCCUACGCAAAACGAAGAAAUCUACAACGUGCACGGGUCGUGCCCAUACAAGGUCAACGCAAUGCGCUGGGUGCGAGCUCAGGCAAAUCCCGUGAGAAAUACGAUAGCUAUAAAACUGAGAAGAAGCAACAGCAGGUGGCUACAAACACAAAUGCUGUCCAGAAAACCAUUAAUCGCAAACCCAUUGAAAACGAGUCAACUGCCGAUGAAAGCGGACCUCGUGCCGAGGCCUUAGUGCGACAGCCAAUCGACGGAAAGCAGGACAAUAGUAUUGAGUCCGCAGGUGCCACCAGCGCAUCGUCCUCUUCGGAGCAACAAGUGAAGGAUCGUCCACUUAAGUAUUUGUUCUCAAAUAAAUAUCGCCAGCAGACUAAGGAUCGUACAUUGGCAGAGAGCCUGCAGAAUGCAGGUUAUAUAACAUCAAGCACCAGCCGCACAAAGUUCGAACCAGCUUCGGUGCUGGAGCAGCUGCAACUUUUCCUCGCCGGCGAUAGUGAUGAGAGCAGUGCACAACAGUUCGUGGAUGACUUUUCAGAGCGUGAAAUAAAUGCGGCAGUGAAGGAGAUAAAAAAUUUAUACACCUCCACAAAAGGAAGAGGGGCAAGCGCCACGUCCACUAGUAGCACGACGACAUCGACAUCUACGACCACAACAACGUCGACGACGACGACUACACGAAAACCUCUGCCGACGACCACUACAACAACUACAUUACGUCCGACCACCACAGCGCUGCCGCCGACCCCCGCUUAUCGUACGACACCUAAAACAACAACAACCGUAAAUACACCAACUCAUGCGAACAACCGUUUCUCCACACAAAACCCACAUACACAAGCAAAGCUUACCUCACCUACACUAAGAUCAGCUAACGACAACGCCAUUUCGCCCAACACCACAGCCCCCACCUCCACCACUACCUCUACCACAACCACCAACACGUCUUCCUCCCAUUCUACCACCAUCAGCAGCAGCACGCCAGCGAGCACUGCCAAAUCCCUGUUAACGCCAAUGCGCGCUUCAAGAGUCAAUAAUGCCAUCAAGUCAUCGAUAGCUGCUGCCGCUUACUCUGCUCCUUCUUCGCCCUCCGCAUCCAACUCCGUCACAUCCCAGGCAUCAUCAGCAGCUGUGACUUCCUCCAAUCCGGCUCGGGGUAACAGCUUAAAGGCCAGUAAUUAUAUCCAGAAUGCCGGUGGUGUGAUCAAAUGCUCCGACACCACAUCGAAUGCCAAGUGCAACGAAAUUCCCUCGAGAACAAAUUCGAAUAACAAUCGUAAUCGUGGUAGCUCCAGCUAUACCGGUCAGGAGCGUGAUACGCCAACAGCCGUGACCAGCAAUCGUGGCACACAUCCACCACGUACUCGCCCUACAUUGAAGCCCUCUGGCACAAUUGUUUCGAAGGCACAGGAAUUCGUCGAUAUCUACAGAAAUCCACCAACACGCCCGGAUCCACUCUACCCACAACCUACACCCGACAAGACCGCUGCUAAGUGUCGCAAGGAUGUGUGCCUGUUGCCCGAUUGCGCCUGCGGCGGUAAAGAUAUACCCGGCGAUUUACCGGUUGAGACUGUACCGCAAAUUGUGCUAAUCACCUUUGAUGAUUCCGUUAAUGACCUAAAUAAACAACUGUACACUGAUUUGUUCGAAAAGGGGCGUGUCAAUCCGAAUGGUUGUCCGAUAACGGCAACUUUCUACGUAUCGCACGAGUGGACUGACUACAGUCAAGUGCAAAAUUUAUAUUCCGAUGGGCAUGAGAUGGCCUCGCAUACUGUAUCUCACAGCUUUGGUGAACAAUUCUCACAAAAGAAAUGGACGCGUGAGAUAGCCGGUCAACGUGAAAUACUCGCCGCUUACGGCGGUGUAAAACUCUCCGAUGUACGUGGCAUGCGCGCGCCUUUCCUCUCGGUGGGCGGCAAUAAAAUGUACAAAAUGCUUUACGACUCCAACUUCACCUACGAUUCAUCAUUGCCCGUCUAUGAAAAUCGUCCACCAUCUUGGCCCUACACAUUCGAUUAUAAGAUCUUCCACGAUUGUAUGAUACCACCUUGCCCGACACGCAGCUAUCCCGGUGUGUGGCAAGUGCCUAUGGUUAUGUGGCAAGAUUUGAAUGGUGGUCGUUGUUCAAUGGGUGACGCGUGUUCGAAUCCGAGCGAAUCUGAUGGUGUUCAAAAAAUGAUUAUGAAAAAUUUCGAGCGACACUACACGACGAACAGAGCUCCAUUUGGUCUGUUCUACCAUGCUGCCUGGUUCACACAGCCGCACCAUAAGGAAGGUUUCAUCAAAUUCUUGGAUGCCAUCAAUCAAAUGCCCGAUGUUUGGAUUGUGACUAAUUGGCAGAUGUUGCAAUGGGUGCGUGACCCCACGCCAAUCUCACGUAUCAAUUCCUUCCAGCCAUUCCAAUGCGACUACUCGGAUCGUCCGAAGCGUUGCAACAAUCCUAAGGUCUGCAAUCUGUGGCAUAAAUCCGGUGUCCGUUAUAUGAAAACAUGUCAGCCCUGCCCCGACAUCUAUCCAUGGACCGGCAAAUCCGGCAUUCGUUCAUCGCGUAUCGACAAUGAAAUUGAAGAUUCGACAGCGUAAAUAACAAAAGUGUAUGUGGAGCCUUAAGUGAAAAUCCUAAAAAUGUGUAUGUGUCUGUGAGCUAAAGCUAGUGCAAAGCGAAGUUAGCUGCAGUUGAUGGCGCAGGCGCUUUGCACUGCGCAUGCGCAACUUGUAAAUACGAAGAAACGGAGAGGAGAAAUAGUGCAUACAUACCAUACAAACAUACAAUUUGUAAAUGCACAAAAUAUGCAAUUCACUCGUUAAAAACAUUAAAAGCAUUAAAAAUUAAAUUAAAUAAAUAAAACUAACUAUCAACUCAUAAAAAUGUUCACCAAUAAACUGAGAUCACUACAAUUGUUCCAAA